GACACCAGCGAGAAUGUUCUGUUCCUUGUUGACAUCAGCGAUCCUGCUUACUGCCGUGUUUGCUGCCGUGUUUGCUGAGCCUGCUACCAAGUUCAAGGACCAGUUGGUCAACAAGCAUAAUGAAUACCGCAAAAAGCAGGGAGCAACAAACAUGAAUAAAUUGGUGUGGAGCGACAAGUUGGCCAAUCUGGCAGAAAAGUGGGUCUCCCGGUGUAAUUUCGAACACGAGAAUAAGGGAUUUGGUGAGAACCUGGCUUUUUCCACGAAAACUGACGACGUGGUGAAUAUCGAUGAGGCCAUGCAGAAUUGGUACGACGAAAUUAAGGACUACAACUACGCGGGCAAGAAGUGUACGCCGAUGAGCUGCCAUUACACCCAGCUGGUUUGGAGUCAGACGCGGGAGGUUGGGUGCGCCAUUAAGAAAUGUCCAUCAAUGUCGGGAAUGGGCCAGCAUGUCAAGGACGCGUGGUAUAUUGGAUGCUGGUAUGAUCCAAAAGGUAACGACAUGGCCGAAUUCCCAUACCUCUCGGGGGCCGCCUGCUCGGCUUGUCUGGAAGGGCAGACCUGUGAGGAUGGACUCUGUGCAGGGGUAGGCAAGGAGAAAUGUGAGGAUAAGAGCCCUCGGAAAGACUGUGUGAUGUGGGAGGCGAGCGGAAACUGCCAGUCAAACAAACCAUACAUGGAGAAAAACUGCAGACAGAGCUGUGGUUUCUGUACAGGUGGAGCUCAACAGGCGUGUGAAGAUCUGAGCCCGAAAUGCGAGGUAUGGAAGAAAACUUGCGAGAGUAACAAAUCCUUCAUGAAACCGAACUGCAUGAAGACGUGCAACUUCUGUGAAGGCGGAAAGCGUAGCAUUUACGAGGAUAUGGAAAGUAGGAUGCUAGCUGACCGCGCCGUCGAUACCGGUGACUGCAAAGACACUCGUGCAGACUGCUACGACCUACGAACCUCGUGCUCUGACAGCAACGUGCGGGCGGACUGUCCCGUCACGUGCGACACCUGCCCAAGCUCGCGACGGUCGAAUCUCGCGAGAGGCUUGUUGCGAGAGUUGAUGAUGGCAGACCGAACCGUGGAUACUGGAGACUGUAAAGACACUCGUGCAGACUGUCACGACCUCCGGACUUCGUGCUCUAACAGCGCAGCAUUGCGGGCGGACUGUCCCGUCACGUGCGACACGUGCCCAAGCUCGCGACGGUCAGAUCUUGCACCACUUCUCGCGAGAGCCGCUUUGCUGGAGGAUUUGAUGUUGGCGGAUCGGGCAGUUGAUACUGGCGCCUGCCAGGACAAGCGUUCCGAUUGCCAUGACCAGAGGAUGAAAUGUGGCAGUGACCCCGAUCUGAGAAAGAACUGUCCGGUCACGUGUGACACUUGUCCAGCCCAAUAAAACAGAUGACGUAAUCAGGGAAGAUUGACGUCACAUUUGCAGAUGCCUCUACCAGUAAAAAUGCAUGGUAGCGUUGCCCGCUCAGUAUAAAAAGGAUGUGGUAUGGGAAGAUUGACAUAAUGUCACUCGAUUUUUACUGGUACCA